AUGUUUUUUGAUUACCCUUCACUCAGCCUUCUUCAUCUCACUUUUCUUUUCUUUUCCACCUCCUUUAUUCUUACUUCACUUGAGCUCUUGCAGACACGCCGUGCGUGCAGACUUGCAAUGAGCGACAGUCAAAUGGACUGCACGGCUGUGUGGCCCAGCCAGGUGCAAUACGUGGACGCAGGUGAACGGACACUUCUGUACCGUAGCAGGCGAGGAUGUGUUUACCGCGUUUUCUCGAAAGAGCGAAAUGAGUGGCUUGUGCUGAAAGAGGAGGAAGUCCUUGAGCCCAACAAUCUCGUACGCGCGGUGACGGCGGUGCAGAGUUUGCAAUCACAGUUCCUUCUGUAUCACUAUAGCGUUCGCGUUCAAGACGGCCGCAUGGCGGCGCUGCUGAUGGAACAAAUGGACUUUACCCUCCGCGAUGUGCUGGCAGUCCAAAGCCGACUUGCAGAGGCGCAAGUGAGGGCAAUUGCGCUGGUUGCCCUAAAUGCUCUGGCAGACCUGCACGAAAGGGCUGGAAUGGUUCACGGGGAUCUGAGCCCGGCGAAUAUUUUUUUUAGGCGAACUGGGGAAAUGCGCCUCGGUGAUUUUUCUAGUGCCGUCCCCAUUGACGCUGCGGUGGAGUAUUUUGCUAGCACGGUGUUGUACUCUCCUGUGGAAGCGUUGCGAAAUCGGCAGCUGGUCUCCAGACCCAGUAGUGACAUUUGGGCGCUCGGUGUCGUGCUGAAUCACUGCGUUAGCGGUGAACGUCAUCCCUUUGUCGCCGCGGGGGCCAGCGAUUUCUGGAAAUUUCUGUCAGAAUUAGCCGAGGCAGAGGAAGAGACUCGCCGGUUACAGCUCCAGACUCACAUCAGCGGUGAGUUUAGCGAAUUACUAAGUGGGAUGCUGUCCUGGAAUCCUGCGUCCCGCCCAACCGCAAAGGAAUUGCUUAACAGCCGCUGCCUUUCGCAGAUGAGCAUGUGUUCCGCCAGAGAAACAUUGUGGUCCUUGGUUUCUGAGCAUUGUAGUCUGAGAAGUUAA